AUGCCCGGCGAGAUGAAGCUGGCCAUCUCCAAGCUGGGCAACAAAUGGUCCCUAGACAUGAGCCAGUACCGACCAGAAAGCCAGAUCACGGGCAACGAGGGCGUCGAGAUCUGGGACGUCAGCGGCUGCACGGCCCUCUUCUUCUUCAGCGACACAUCCGUCUCGGCCUACCACAUUGAGGCCGGCAAGGAGCAGGAUCAGGUCAAGUGGGCGACGACUAACGCCGUGGGCGAGGGCUCGACGAAGAAGGUCGUCUUCCACUCGCCUCGAUACAGCGAAACCGACCGGGAGAAGGAGACUCUGGUCAGGGGGAUUGUUGAGGGCAACUCGGACAUCACUGAUAUCAGCCAGAACGGGUACUGGGUAGAUACCGGCAAUAGGAACCAGAGGUUUGCCUUCUGGACUGAGCCCCCGGGCUGGAUUGUUGGAGGAGAGGAGUAUAACAAUGACGAGGAUCCGCCAAUCAUAUCAUAG